AUGGAAGGGGAAGAAGAAGAUAAGAAUCUCGUUUAUUUCGACCCACCAUUAUGGAGACAAAGGCGAAGUUUUGUCAACGAAGUUUUACGAGAGAGUAAAGUUACUUCGGUGGUGGAUUUUGGUUGUGGAGAGGGAUCACUUUUAUCUUUUCUUAUUCAACCUUUUGAAGAAUCACCUAUCACACGGCUUGCUGGUGUUGACAUAAAUCGUGAAAUAGCUGAACAAGCCGUGGAGAAUUGUCGUCCUUGGGAUCAUGAUGUUGAAUUUUUGAGAUUAACUCCAUUAACUGUAGAUAUAUAUCAAGGAAGCAUCGAUAUAGCGGAUAAAAGAUUUCUUGGAUUUGAUGCGCUUGUUUGUAUGGAAGUAGUAGAGCAUGUUGAUCCCCCCGUGCUGGAUAAAUUUUUUGAUAUAGUACUUGGUACUUACAAACCAAAGAUUGUUAUAGUAACAACACCGAAUGUAGAAUUUAAUGUUUAUUUUCCGCAAUUAAAAUAUGGAACACCUGAGGCUACGCUAAGAAUUGAAGACCAUCGCUUUGAAUGGACAAGAAAGGAAUUUCAAGAAUGGGGAAAUUCUGGUGCAAAAAAAUAUAAUUAUUCUGUAGAAUAUACUGGAGUAGGUAAACUUAAAUAUGGUGAUCCAGCAGUAGGGAAUGUCACACAAAUCGCGAUAUUCCGAGAUUUAAAUCCAUCAUCAAAACCAUUAUUAUCGUCAUUUGAUACAUAUGAGCAUAUUGAGAAGAUUGAUUUUCCUUAUUAUAAUGAACCGGAUAAGAGUUAUGAAGAAAUUCUUGAAACAAUUCAUUAUUAUUUACAAUUUUUAUGCAAUAGAAUAAUAGAUACUACAAAUAUUAAAAAUGAUCAACAGCAUGAACCAAAUCGUAUUAAAAUUGAAGAAAUUUGGGAUAUCCAUAGAAUUAGACAACUUUGUAAGACCAAAGAUAAAUUACGUGACGUAUUAAGGUCAAGUUCUGAUUUUACAUUGUUAAAUGACGAAGAAAUAAUCGUACAUAGAGAAUAUCAUUUAGAUUCUUAUGAUCAUCAAGAAGAAGAUUAUGAUGAUUAUGAUGAUGAUUACGAGUAUCAUGGUGGUGAUGAGAUUCUUUCUAGUCCAAAUUAUAAUAAUGAUGAUCAAAAUUGGGUUACAACUACUACAAAUACUGCCAUCACAACAAAUGGGUGGCCAGAUUAUAUCGGUGAUUAUGACAGUGGUUGGGGGGAUGAGGGAAAGUGA